AAUUGUUGCAUGUUAGUAAUUCUUAUACGUUCGCUAAUGAAUCGGUUAUAUAAUUAUAGUAACGUGUGUCGUAAACUAAAAAUACAUGUCACUGAGACGUAUUUAUGUUUGUUUACUGUUCUAUUAUCAGUCAGAUGUGUAACGAUACAAAUGAAUCAUUGACAUGGAACUUUGGUUUGCAAGUCUAUUUGCAGCGAGAACUUUCGAGUCUCCGUGGCUACGUAGUGCAAACGUAGAUAUACGUCACAAGGAAUAUAUAAAGAGGAUCGCAGCUCAUUCCUUCAUACUGAAAUCGAACGCGCUAAGAGUCAGAGCGAAUACAAAAUGUCACUCUCUCCUUACUUCUUCGACUACGACGUGCCCAGAUGGCCCCGCCGUCUUCUGGAACAAAACUUCGGCCUCACGCUGUCCCCAGAUGAUCUAUUCACCGCUACGAGCCCAAUAAUUCCACGGUACAACAAAUUCUGGUGGCCACGCGACUCUAGUUCAUCUAUCAAGGUCGAUAAAGACAAGUGGUCUAUCAACAUUGACGUCCAGCACUUCGCACCAGAUGAAAUUACAGUUAAAACUGCAGAUGGAUUCAUCGUUGUUGAGGGCAAACAUGAAGAAAAGCAAGAUGAACAUGGCUUCGUGUCAAGGCAAUUUGUGAGACGAUUUAAACUGCCCCAGGAAAUCAACGCAGACGCGAUAGAGUCCCGCCUUUCUUCAGAUGGAGUGUUAUCAGUUUUGGCGCCAAAGAAAUCUGAAACACAGAAGGGUGAGAGGAAUGUUCCAAUCACACAAACAGGACCAGUGAGGAAGGAAAUCAAAGAUGACGCAGGUCAGGUCCAGGAUCAGGAGAAGAAAGAAAGUGAAAAGUGAAUUUGAUCUGUAAUGUUGUGCCAUGGAGUUCAAAAUUGACUGAUUAAUGAUUAUUUAAGAGACUGUCGAUUUAUUAAUUUAUUAUUUCUAAUAAAGUAUUAUUAUUUUCUA